AGCGAGGUGGGGGGAAACUCCAUGUAAAAGCCCUUCUCUCCUCCAUAUUAGCUGUGUGGUGGAAACCCGGGCAGGAGUUAUCCAAAUCCCACCGUGUCAUCAGCCAGGCUGGGGAUGGGGAGGGUAGAGUGCGCUCUCACGGACUGCUGAGAUUUCUAGACUGCCAGGAAGUCCCAGGAAGUCUGUGGAAGGAGAGUUCCUCAACUCCAGCUCUACUCCAACUCCUCUUCUCCGUUGGGAUUGGGAGAAAGGAACGGACCUUUUGCAUUCCCUCCUCCCAAGAGUGCGUGGCCUUUCUCUGCAGCAUGGUGAGCGGCGGGGCUCGCGUGUGUCUGGGCUGUGCCUGGGAGAGCCGGGCCAGCCACAGUCAGGCCGCCUGAGCUCCAGCCCGGGGUCGGUGCCACCGCUCCAUGCACGACAGAAGCCCCAGCAGCUGCUGCGGGAGCCACCAACAUGAGCUGCAGAGAGGGGACUGACAGCAGCUGCGGCUGCGGUGGGCGCGAUGAAAACAGGAUCCUGAAGUGCGUGGUGGUCGGAGACGGCGCGGUGGGGAAGACUUGCCUGCUCAUGAGCUACGCCAACGACGCCUUCCCGGAGGAAUACGUGCCCACUGUGUUUGACCACUACGCAGUUACCGUGACAGUGGGAGGCAAGCAGCACCUGCUUGGACUGUACGACACCGCGGGACAGGAGGACUACAACCAGCUGCGGCCCCUCUCUUACCCCAACACCGACGUGUUUCUCAUCUGCUUCUCUGUCGUGAACCCUGCCUCUUACCACAACGUUCAGGAGGAGUGGGUCCCGGAGCUGAAGGACUGCAUGCCUCACGUGCCUUACGUGCUCAUUGGGACCCAGAUUGAUCUCCGAGAUGACCCCAAAACCUUGGCUCGUCUGCUGUACAUGAAGGAGAAGCCCCUCACCUAUGAGCACGGUGUGAAGCUGGCGAAAGCGAUAGGAGCGCAGUGCUACUUGGAAUGCUCUGCCCUGACUCAGAAGGGUCUCAAAGCUGUUUUUGAUGAAGCCAUCCUCACCAUUUUCCACCCCAAGAAAAAAAAGAAAGGUUGCCACGGCUGCUGUGUAAUCAUCUGAAGUUGCCUGAGACCCGCCAUGUCUCUCCGCCAUGCAAAGAGAGAAGCCAGUCUCUGAGACCCAACGCUAGCCAAAAGGAGGGCGUGACCAGAAAGGAAUUCCUGCAUCCUCAAAGCCUGUCCCCACACCCUGCCAAUUCCCAGCUCAGUAUCCUGUAAGCCACUGCCACAGCCCCAAGCCAGCCAGACCAUCCACACUGCGCAUGGAGAAUGCAGAGGCUCGUUCAAACCGUAGGCUGGCGAGGUGUUGGAAGCCGAGUGAAGAUCCGUCCAGUAUUUCACAUCUUCUCUCUCACGGUUAUGAACCAACCGGAAGUCAUGACGGGCAAACCAAGUACUCUGUCCUGCACUAGUGGCCUUAGUUCAUGUCUUCACCAAACUUGGGAAUACGACAACGUUUUUUUUUUUUUUUCUGAGUCUUUUACUCAAGCCCCUUACCGUUCAUUUAUUUCUACUGCAGUUUCCUGUUGUCCAAUCACUUGAGCCUUACAAAUCCACAUCAAAAUAACUGAAAGACAAGCUGGAUUGUGUUUAUGCCAACUGACAGUGGAUCUCUGCCAAUGUUCUUAGAGCUGCCAUGUACCUCUGAAUGCCUAAUUACAAAAAAAAAAAAAUUACAACUUUUAUAAACUGACAGACCCAUAAUGUUUUUAACCUUUUUAAAAGAAAGCAUCCUGUGAAUUAUUACAACUCCCCGAGUUUGGCCAAAGAUCAACCUACAAAUACUUCAGGUGAUAGGGGGUCUGCUCUUGCAAAGCCUUACGGUCAUUCAAACCAAAAACGGACUGUCGUGGAAGAAACCGUUUUCUACUCCUCCUCUAAACUGGUCAGGACAAUAAUAGAGCAAAGCCAUCUUCCCACUCCAGGAGAGUGGGCCUGACCCACCCUGUUCACGUAGUAUCUUCACUUUUUCUCCUGUGCCCAGUGUAUUCCCGGUCAAAGCUUGACCAAAAAAAAAAAAAAAGAGAGAGAGAGUUCCAGAAUCCUCCAGGGUCAAAGUGCCUCAACUUUCCUCCUUGCUUUAGGUGAAAGCGUUACUCAGCUCCAUACAAGCGUCCAUUAAGGACAGUUUCUAGUCUCAGCCAGUAUGGAAUCAUUGCCCCUCUCUUUCUUUCCUCCAUACCCUCUCCCAAAUGUCCAUGGAGAAUGGGAUUAAGCGGUGAAGCCUGUCCACUGUGGACAUUUGGGAGAAGGGGUUUGGCCCUGAGUGGGAAAAGCUCCCAGCGAGGAAUCCUGCCCCUGACAGGACAGUUCCAAACAGCCAGGGACUCUCUGUGUUUUAAUUAGAAGCCGUGAUGGGCCCUGGUUAGCCUUACUUGCUUACAAAUGCCCUGGAAUUACCCAGGGAAACUGAUUUAUCAUUUUUUUUAACUUUAUUCAUAUCUUAGCAAUAAGAAUUUAUUUUACUCUUUCUUGAUUGAAGCUCCCUCUAUUGGGGAAAAAAAAACUCUCAAUCUUUCUAGUCUUUUCUGCUCUUAGAAGAACCACAGAAGAAAAUGUAUGGUAUGGGUCUUCUUGAGUGUUUCCAUGACACCUCUUCAGUCUUUGGGGGGGUUGAUUGUUUGUCUGUUGUUUAGAAUUUCUGAAAUAUAUUUUUGCUUCUUCUA